AUGGCGGCUUUCUCGCUCUCGUUCUCAUCUCAUCUCUCAAACCCACUUCGCAGAUUCACUCUCCACAACCUUCACCCCAUUUCUUCGUCUUCUCUGUUCCUCUGCUCCGCCGCAAAAAUGAACGAUCAUAUCCACCGUGUUCCAUCCCUCAACGAGGAUGAGAUUGACUCUGUGGCCAUAAAAACGUUUGAGAGAUACGCAUUGCCUUCUUCUUCUUCUUUGAUGAAGAGAAAUGGCAAAGGAGUCUCAAUUAUCUGGUUUAGAAACGAUCUUAGAGUUCUUGACAAUGACGCAUUGUACAAAGCUUGGUCUUCCUCUGAGACCCUUUUGCCUGUUUACUGUCUUGAUCCUCGUCUCUUUCACACUACUCAUUUCUUUGAUUUCCCUAAGACUGGAGCUUUAAGAGGUGGGUUUCUUAUGGAAUGUUUGGUUGAUUUGAGAAAGAAUCUUAUGAAAAGAGGGUUGAAUCUUCUUAUUCGGAGUGGUAAACCUGAAGAUAUUGUUCCUUCUCUUGCUAAAGAUUUUGGAGCUCAUACAGUAUUUGCUCAUAAAGAAACGUGUAGUGAGGAGGUAGAUGUUGAAAGACUUGUGAAUCAAGGGUUGAAAGGGGUUGGGAAUGGUACUACUAAGCUUGAGCUUGUUUGGGGAAGUACUAUGUAUCACAAAGAUGACCUUCCAUUUGAUGUUUUGGAUUUGCCUGAUGUCUAUACUCAGUUCCGUAAGUCGGUGGAAGCCAAGUGUAGUAUCAGAAGCUCCACUCGCGUUCCACUUUCUCUAGGGCCAACACCUUCUGUUGAUAACUGGGGAGAUGUUCCAAGUCUUGAGCAACUUGGAAUUGAGCCACAAGAGGUAACCAGAGGAAUGCGAUUCGUGGGUGGUGAAAGUGCAGGACUAAGCAGAGUAUUUGAGUACUUUUGGAAGAAGGAUUUAUUGAAAGUAUACAAAGAGACGAGGAACGGAAUGUUAGGACCUGAUUAUUCGACAAAAUUUUCUCCAUGGCUUGCCUUUGGAUGUAUCUCUCCUCGUAUUAUAUAUGAAGAGGUUCAAAGAUAUGAAAAGGAAAGAGUAGCAAAUAAUUCAACAUACUGGGUGCUGUUUGAAUUAAUAUGGAGGGACUACUUCAGGUUUCUUUCAAUCAAGUGUGGGAACUCCCUCUUUCAUCUAGGUGGCCCGAGAAAUGUGCAGGGGAAAUGGAGCCAAGAUAAGAGACUAUUUGAGUCUUGGAGAGAUGGCAAGACCGGGUAUCCUCUUAUAGAUGCAAACAUGAAGGAGUUAUCCACUACAGGUUUCAUGUCAAAUCGAGGCCGACAGAUUGUUUGUUCGUUUCUUGUCCGGGACAUGGGAUUGGAUUGGCGCAUGGGUGCAGAAUGGUUUGAGACAUGUCUAUUGGACUAUGAUCCAUGUUCUAACUACGGAAACUGGACCUAUGGAGCAGGAGUUGGAAAUGAUCCCCGAGAAGACCGGUACUUCAGCAUUCCGAAGCAAGCACAGAAUUAUGAUCCAGAAGGAGAAUACGUUGCCUUUUGGCUUCAGCAACUGCGUCGGCUACCAAAAGAGAAGAGACAUUGGCCAGGGAGAUUGAUGUAUAUAGACACAGUUGUGCCAUUGAAGCAUGGUAAUGGUCCAAUGGCUGGAGGAUCAAAGUCUGGUGGUGGCUUCAGAGGAAGUCAUAGUGGGAGACGUUCUAGACACAAUGGUCCUUAGAAGAAACAACUAUUCUUUACACGAAUUUGUAUCUUAAUUCUUAUUUAUAUGAUUCUUGUGAUGAAUCAGUGAUUUUCUCAGUCCAAACUAAAAUUUUUUA